AAUAAAUAUCAUGCAUGCAGAUACCCACUGAUUCUUAACAUUUAUUAGAUAAAAUUAUAGCCCGGAUUAUCCGGGAUGCUGAAAUGCUAUUACAUGUUUGGAGUCUUUACAGACAUGGACGACGGUAAGAAAGUCUCUAGACUGCAGAGAAAACUCGAGCAAGCCAUAGAAGGUCGCUUAAGUGCAUCUAAAGCUUUACGAUAUCUUAACGAUCUGUGUGAUAUUCGUAUGACUGUCUACCUAUUACAGGGGACAGGAGUGGGAAAGACAGUCAAUAGGCUUAGUCGUUUAGAUGGACAAUUAGCUCAGACCGCAAAAUCUUUGGUACGACAGUGGAGAAAGCUGGUAAAAGAAGGUGAUGACAGUCAAACUUUGGCCAAGUUUCAGCAAGAAACAAACACAUCAAAUAGUAAAGAUUGCAGGCAAAGUAAACUCAAGAGACAAAGGGUUGAAAGUACCUGUAAUGACAUCAACUUGAGUGUAUCCAGCAUACCAGGAAAAGAUAAUGAUAAUGCUUCAUCUUUUUGCCAUAAAAAGAAAAGAAUUGAAGUUGGCACUGUUGAUGAACCUGUUCCUAUUUAUACACCAAAUCCUGGAACAAUUAGAGGUUCAAGAAGUGAAGAAACAAGUAUAUAUCAGAGGAAAAGAACAGCGGCUGUGGCUGAUGUCAACUUCAUGAUUGGGUCAUCACGCAGGUCUCUUUCUCUUGUUUAUUCUGGGAGGAAGAGGAAAGGAGCAACAGUUGUUCCUUCUCUAUUCCAAUUGUCAAUGCAAGUUUUGACGGAUAACAUUGAUGCGCUUGAUGAAGUUGGUGGAGUUCCGUACAGCAUUUUAAAGCCAGUCUUGUUGAAAUGCUCACCUUCUCAACUGUUUCAUUUGGAAGAACGCAAUCCGCAUUUUUUAGUUGAUUGUGAUGAUUUGUGGAAAAGUCACUGCCAACGGGACUUUAAAAACUGUGAGCAUGGUCAGGGGCAAACGUGGCGAGAACUGUAUUUGAUGCGACACACUGAACGCGAGGAGAAACUUAAAUCGAUUACGCAGAAAAUUGGAAAGAAUAUGGAAACUUACCACAAAGAACAGAAAGAUAAGCAAGUCAAACUGGCGAAGGCGUCUUCCCUAAAGACGAGGAGAUGUGAACAUAGUGGGUUACACGUGGGCACCAGUAGAAUGUCUUUUGGACAUACAAGAAACACAUCGAAAGCUCACCCGAUGAUGACCAAGGUAAGGAAGAUGGUCUCUACCCAGAGGAUGAAAGGAUGGCGUCCAUGCUAAGAUUUGUAGUUUGACUUUGUGUGCAUCAAGUUAAUUUCUUACGACAAUGCAAUAUAGCUGCGAUUAGAUCAUUGUACGAUUCUUUAUACAUACGGCUAGUCCCUAUAGAAUCUCGUAAAUAUGAAGCAACUUCAAUGUUAGGGUAGGCACUUUAAUAUAGAAUACCCGUAUACUCUCAUUAUCAGUUACGAUUAGGGUUUGUCCCACCAUUUAGCUCUAAAGAAAAUACAUGCA